AUGAGGAAAACAGAGCCGUUAAACAUGAAAGAAAUAGAACAAAUAUCAAAGUCAAAGGACGGUAUAUACAAGUUUGAUCUUUCACGCAUUACACCAGAUGUUUUUGAGCAACUUCUUAAAUCAAUUCCUGAUAAAUUUUCCUCGAAAGCUGUUGGCCUUGGAUUUAAUUGCGACUUACUCAUUCGAACAAAUAGAAAGAAUGAACAAUUGCAAGAAGAAGAUCCGAGAUCAAAUAAACGACCAGUAUAUCCGUUAACUUUGCUAAAUUCAACUUGCAGACAGAAAAAAGACUUCACGAAGAAAUUGGUAAAAACCCUUUGCACAACUAUUUCAGAAUCACAAAUACUCGAGUUUUUGAAAUUUAGAACAAUUCCUUUCUCACAAGUUGAUAUUGAUUUACUCGCUAAUGCAAUUUUUUCAAGCAACACAUUACGUGUUUUAAGAUUUUGCGAUAUUCCUUUAGGAGAUAAAGGAUUUUCGAGGUUAUGUCGGUCUCUCAGAAAGCGUUCAAUAGUCGAAGUUCAAUUCAGAAAGUGUGAGCUUACAGAUGAAUGCACUUGUGAUUUACGCUCUCUGCUCGCAUUUCAUGUUUUUGUUCAAUCAGAAGCAGAUUGGAAAGAUCAUGUAUUAGGUGUUCCAUCGCAAAAUGUUUGCCUUCAAUCUCUUGAUCUCAGGAAUAACGAAUUUACAUAUCAAUUUAUUAAUAUUAUUGAAGAUGCUCUUCUUGAUGUUCCUCUCAAACUUUUAGAUCUCCGCGGAAAUAAUGGCUUGACACAAACAAUGGUCAAAAAAAUGCAGUCCAAAGUACCACAAACAAAAAUAUUAUGCGGAAUAUGUCCAGAUGUCAAGUUUGAGAAACCAAAAGAAGAACCACCUCAACAAGAGCCUCAGAGGAGAUCCUCAAGUCGUGCAUCAAACAAAUUCAAACGUAUUCAUGAUUUGGAAGAGGAAAAUCAGAGAUUAAGAGCUCUUAUAGAAGAACUUCAAAUAGGUGUUAAUGUUGCAAAUCUUGAACCAGGUCUAAUGAUUGUUGGUCCGCGUGCCAAGGAUCUUGUUACAGAAAUUACUAAAUUAGAUAAUCUACUUGGAACCCUUGAGGGCAUCUCACCUGCUCCGUUCUUGCAGUCAACUAGAGUUCAUGUUAAGGAUGAAGCUAAAAAGAAGCUUACUUCAAAGAAGCAGCCAAAGAAAUAUGCUCGAAAAUAA